AUGAUGAUGACUACUCCAGCAAGCAAAUGAAGCACAUAGCUUUUGUGGUUAUAGGCAUAGUUGGGAUUAUGAGCGUAGCAAUGGUCAUGAUUUGGGCAGUUGUGAAACCAAAACGACCCAUUUAUGCUAUCGAAUAUGGUUUGAUUUCAGAAGCGACACUCCCAAGCAACCUGGAAUCUCUCGUGGGCAACUUCCGCUUUGUGAUGAGGUCCUACAAUCCAAACACCAAGGCCACCAUAUACUAUGGUUCAAUGAAGAUUUUAAGCCGUAACAGUAGCAACGAUAAAUCUGUUGUUUGGUCUGGAAAGAAUUUCUCUCAACCUCCCUUCAAUGUGACUCGAAUUUCUUUCUUACUUUUUGCACAAGUCGAGAAGAAACCUGGUUAUGAGGAUAUAAUUCAGCACAUACAACACGGGAAUGUGUCAUCAAACAUUUCGGUCCGGGCUGAGAUAAGGUAUGGGAUAGCAAACUGGAAGUCUUCGCCUCUACGUGUUGGGAUUUAUUGUCGACCUGCAAAUGUAAUGCUGGGACACAAUUUUCAGCCCGCUGAUUGCUACGUAGAUCUUUAAUAUUUAUUAAUAAGCAUUCAUCUUC